AUGCCGUCCUCGCAACUCGAGCCUGAGGAAGCACCUAGUGACAUAUCAGGAGGAAGUACCGGCUCACUGCGGAGUCGUGUUGCAAAGCUCGGAAUGGACUACAUGGACAGCUUUCCCGGUCCCUCCAAUGCGGCUUCUCAAACUAUGAUCCAAGGCAAAAUCGAACAGUGCGUGCGUGGCACCAUGACGGACGAGGGGCAGCUCCUACGUCUUCUCCGAAUGCUGGACUUCAGGAACGGACAGAUGAAACAAGCCGACAUGCUGAUCAAGCAAGCGUCCCUAAAGUUCCCCCAGGGCAAGCGCUGCAGUGAGUGGGAUUUCGACACGUUCGCAGGCUUUGCGAAUCCACGUGGGAUCACGCAGCAGACGUAUUACGAAGUCGUGAAUAUGGUCUUAGAGGGUCGUGAGAUCUUCGCUGAGCCUACAUUCGACCAAGGGCCUGGUUGGCCAAAGCCUGUGCGCUAUCUCGUGGCGGCGCUACUUGCAUCUGAUCUCAGUCGCGAGGAGAUCAAGGCGAAGAUCGAUGAAAUGGCUCAUUGUACCUUCUCACCCAUCCAGGCUGAUUUGGGAACUCAAGCUAACGGUGAACAUAGCAACGAAGCAAGUCCGAGAGGAACAGCUUCAUGA